AUGGUCGACCCUCCCGAGAUUUCCGGCAAGCGUCUCUGUCUCCCUCAAGACCACCAAGUCUCGCCUCUGGUCCAAGCCUCCAUUGUGGUGUCCAACGAAUUCUUCCUCCGGCGUCUGGAUGUCUCUACCCUGCUCCGACUCAAGCAAACCUGCAAGACUAUCGACUCAUUCAUUCGAGGCUCCAAGUUGGUCCAAUUCCGCCUUUGGCUCGACAUGAAUGGGAUGGAUAUCUACCAUGGCCACGGAGACUACCUCACCAAUCGAUAUGGUGAGUUUGACGUACAGAAAGCGAUUCUGGACCAAGACGCCAAGCGCCUCUUCCGGAGCUACCCUUCCCCGUCCCCGAGCUUCUACGACGACCGCUGGCUCUUGAAGAUUAUGGACGCACCCGAGGACACCACGAUGUACACCGAGGCCGAGCGAGCAACUGCCUCUGCCGUCUUUGCUCGGCUGGUGAUAAACCGCUGCGUCGGAUCGGAGGGUAAAUAUCAAAUUACCCGCAACAAAUUGAAGACUUAUUACGAUGCCGUCGAAAAUGCCGCCAUACUCGGGGACACUGUCGCAGUGUACAUGCUGGGCAUCGGAUAUCCGAGUCGAUACGGCCUCUCGGUCAUAUACUCGGACAACGUUGUCGAGGAGACGGCGAUUCCCAGACUCGAGGAGGCGAGUGUCGCCUGGUAUCCGUUUGCCACCGCCAUUCUCGCUACGAUCUACCGAGGCAAGUAGCUCUACCAUCGAGGCAAAC